AAAAGCACAAUCAUAAGCAUCACUUCACGUUCAUGACCACAAAAACUGAAACUGUACCACACUCUUUCAGUCCCCCUUAGGUUUCCUUCUUAUUAGCCUCCCCCCCCUCACACCUACCCUAUCAUCAUGCACCACUUUGCCAUGGACAACUCUCACCUCCUCCAAUUCCUUCCCAACACCACCACCACCACCACCAACACCAACACCCCCUUCUUCCAUGCUGCACCUCACACUCACACCAUGCACCACCCCCUCUCUACUAAUUCAUCCAAUAAUACUAAUUACUACCCCUUCCACCUCUCCCAAAUUACCGAAACACCCUCCCACCAUGAUAGAGCCCUUGCUGCCAUGAAGAACCACAAGGAGGCUGAGAAGAGAAGGAGGGAGAGAAUCAACUCCCACCUCGACCACCUUCGCACUCUUCUCCCUUGUAAUUCCAAGACAGACAAGGCUUCGCUUCUGGCGAAGGUUGUCCAGCGGGUGAAGGAGUUGAAGCAGCAAACCUCGGAGAUCACCGAGCUUGAAACCGUUCCGUCGGAGACCGACGAGAUCACGGUGCUCUCCACCACCGGAGGCGACUACGCCUCCGGUGGCGGCGACGGAAGGCUCAUCUUCAAGGCCUCGCUGUGCUGCGAGGACCGCUCCGACCUCAUCCCCGACCUCAUAGAAAUCCUCAAUUCGCUUCACCUCAAAACCCUCAAAGCAGAAAUGGCCACUCUCGGAGGAAGAACACGCAACGUUCUCGUGGUCGCUGCUGACAAAGAACACAGCAUUGAAUCCAUCCAUUUCCUUCAGAACUCGCUCAGGUCCAUUCUGGACCGAUCCAGUUCCGGCGACAGGUCGAAACGACGCCGUGGCUUAGACCGAAGACUGAUGUCUUGAACCGGAUACUGUUUCCAUAGCUACACAUGCAAAUGCAUGCCUUACUAGUAUCACUCCUAAUAUUGUUGGUUAAUUCGAAAUGGUUUAUGUGUUUGCAGGUUUUUUGUAAUGUAAAAAGAAAUUAAGACAGAUCAUGAGUUUAAGGACUAUGCAUUAUCAGUUCAAAUAUAAACAUUUUUGCACUCUCAACUAAUCAUAAAUCAAUUUUUACUCUCUCAAUCAAUCAAAAAUUAUUAUGAGUAUUAUUUUAAAGUUAAACAAACUUAUUAGACGUAAUUAUUUGCGAUUGAAUGAGAGUGUAAAACUGUUUUACAUGAUUAUUGCAUAGCUUAUUUUCUCUUAUAUUUGUUUAGAUUGUUCUUAUGGUAGUGAGUGAGUGCGUUAGUUAGGUAGCUAGGGUUUGUGUGAUGUUUGGAAUCUUUGCAUGUGAACUUGGAGUUGCAUGUAAGUAGGAGAAACAGGAGGGGUGAGAAUCUUGCUGGAGGGUAAUGGGGAAGGGAAUGGAGUUUUGUUUAAUUACGUGCUGUGCAAGUUGUGGCUUUUGACAGCGGGGGAAAGGAGUCUCUGUCUGUUCUGUAAAAGCAAUGCUUCUGUGAGUUUCCAAGCUGUAGAAAAUGGCAUAUUCGUUUUCUCUUUCAUGCA